AUGAGAACCUCAAUAGACUUGUUCACAGCCUCGCAGGCGAUAUCGACACCCAACACGAUCGCAAGCAGUACCGAUCACGUUGAUGUGGCAGAGCAAGAACACCCUAGUGGCGAGAGCGAUGGCACGCUCGAAGCAGGGCUGUCUCAGGCGAACAAGGAGCAAGUAGAUGCAAGCAGUGAACAAGCUCUGCCGACAGAGCCAUACUGUGCUUUCACCAAAGGCUCCAAGCUGUUCAUCGUCAUCACCGUCUCGCUCGUCAGCUUCUUCUCGCCGUUUUCGAUCAAUAUCUACGUCCCCGCCUUGCCGCAGAUCUCCCAGAUCCUACAUAUAUCCGACGCCGCAACGAAUGUCACGGUGACCGUCUUCAUGAUUGCACAGGGCCUCUCACCCGUCAUUUGGGCUCCCUUGUCAGAUGUCUUCGGCCGCAGACCGGUCUACCUGGCGACGUUCCUCAUCUUCUUCGUCGCGAAUCUGGGGCUGUCCUUCACCAACGUCUACUGGCUCUUGGUUGUACUGCGUAUGGUGCAAGCCGCCGGAGCAUGUAGCGCUAUUGCCAUUGGCGCCGGUACCAUCGGCGACGUGACCGAACGAAAGGAACGCGGAAGUUAUAUGGGUUACUAUGCCCUCGCUCAAUUCACCGCUCCCGCCGUCGGGCCUGUCAUCGGUGGUGCGCUGUCGCAGCGAUGGAACUACCAUGCCACCUUCUUCUUCCUAACCGCCGUCUCUGGCCCGCUCUUGAUCUUCAUGGUGCUCUUCCUGGUCGAAACACUUCGCGUGCUCGUGGGCAACGGCAGUGCUCGCACGUUCGGCAUCUAUCGCCCCUUGGUCGAGCCCAAGCUGGUGUCAUCUGUGGCUAACAGCCGUCGUCCUCGGAUGAAGGAUCCACUUCAAGGUCGUCUGGAAUUUGGCUUCCAUCGCCCGUUUCUGGUGUUCGCGCGUCCUGAAACGGGCCUGGCAGUCUUGUCCUUCUCGAUGGUGUACGCCACCUACUACCUGUCGUCAUCUGCGCUACCUUUUCUUUUCAAAAGCGUAUAUGGCCUGGACGAGCUGAUGAUUGGCAUUUGCUUCAUUCCCAGCGGUGUCGGCAGCGCCAUCGGAACCGUGCUUGCCGGCAAGAUCUUGGAUUGCGAGUAUGCACGCGCGUCGAGCCAGAGCAAGCUGCCUGUCAAGGUGACCCGUGUUCGUCUGCAAUCAGCUUGGGUCUAUCUGCCCGGUUACUGUGUCUCGCUUUUGGCGUACGGAUGGUGCGUUCGCACGCAUACCCACAUUGCCGCCCCGAUCGUGUUCCAAUUCACAGUCGGCGUCUUCUCGACCAUGUACUACACCAACAUCAACACGCUUAUCGUCGAUCUGUACCCAGGCAAAGCUGCCAGCGCCACGGCGGCGGUCAACUUUGGACGUUGUCUGCUCGGCGCAGUAGCUGUGGGCGUCGUACAGCCCAUGCUUGCCGCCAUGGGCGCGGGAUGGACGUUUACACUUGCCUCGCUGCUGACGCUGGUGAUCGGCCUGGUCUGCCAGGCGCUCAUCUACCUGCACGGUGAAGAGUGGGCGGCUCGCAGAGGCGCCUGA